AUGAGAAGAGUUGAGAGGGUACGUCCACGUGAAAAUGAAGAAGAGAGUGAAGAAGAAGAACAAGAACAUGAGGAGGAGGAGGAGGAGGAGGAGAAUAACAGUGAUAUCUCCGAAAACAGAGAUAGCUCUGAGGUAGAGGAAGAAGAAGAAGAAGAAGAAGAAGAACAGACUCAAGAAGCUAGGGAGGAAAAUCCUGUAAAUGACGUGGAGCAGCAUCACCAGCAGCAGCCUCAUCAACACUGGCAACAUCAACAUCAACAACAGCAGCAUCAGCGACAACACGAGGUUGGCGAUAAUUUUAAUUUCGUAGAUUUGCGGACGGAAAACUCACGACGCUUUAGAAAUUUCGGCAUGCUCGGGAGAGAGGCUAGUUUCGUGAUACAACCAAUACCCGAAGUCGUUACUGAGAAUCCGGGUGAGGGUACGAGUAGUGCGACGAUACAGGAAGACGUGACACAUGCAAGUGAGAAUGAGCCCGAAAUCAAAGACAAAUUUAAAAGAGACCGCGUAGCAUUCGUGUUCUACGAUUUUGAAACGCGACAGGACGAGACUUACGAAGGUACCGAGAACGUAAAAAUUCACGUUCCAAUUCUCUGUGUCGCGCAUCAGAUUUGCGAAACUUGCGCGGAGAUAGACGAUAUGUCGGUGCGAUGUCGUUAG